CACACUGGCAGGAAAAGCCAAAUGAAAACAUCGGUGGAAAUCGUGGAAAUUGUCAAUUAAUUGGUAAUUAAACGAUGGGGGACCAACAGCAACUGAUCCUGGCCACCGGUGGCUACGACCACACAAUCAAGGUGUGGCAGGCCCACACGGGAAAUUGCAUAAAGACGAUGAGAUUCGUUGAGACUUCGCAAGUUAAUGCCUUGGAUAGAACGCCGGAUAAAACACGUCUGGCGGCGUGUGGCUAUCAGUGCAUCCGGCUGUACGAUCUGGAGUCCAAUUGCACCGCUCCGGUGAUCAAUUUUGAUGGGGUGCAAAAGAAUGUGACACGGCUUGGUUUCCAGGAGGACGGCAAUUGGAUGUUCACCGCCGGCGAGGACCACAAUGUGCGAAUCUGGGACAUGAUCUCCGCUCCACCGCAUUGUUCCCGAGUGUUUGACUGCGAGGCGCCUGUUAACGCCGCCUGCUUGCAUCCCAACCAAGUGGAAAUUGCCAUGGGCUCACAAAAUGGCAGCGUCUUUCUGUGGGACGUCAAGUCUGAGCGUCACGAACGAAUUGUGCCCGAGGUGGAUGCCUCCAUUCAGGAUGUGGCUAUCUCGCCGGAUGGCAGAUAUCUGGCGGCAGCGAAUAACAAAGGAAAUUGCUAUAUCUGGUCAAUGACCAGUCAGGAUCAGAAGAUGAGCACGCUGAAGCCAAUGAAGAUAAUCCAUGCGCACACCCGCUAUAUCCUGCGCUGCAAAUUCAGUCCAGACUCGGGGCUCCUGCUGACAACUUCGGGCGAUGGAAAGGUGGGCAUUUGGAACACCAUUAACUUCAAAAAGUGGGGAGAGCUGUGCAUCGAAAACUAUUGGGUCUGGGAUGCCGCCUUCAGUGCGGACUCCAAGUACCUCUUCACCGCCUCCUCUGACGGCAUUGCGCGGCUGUGGAAACUACAGCAACAGGAGUCAAAUGAUCUUGUCAGGGAAUAUACAGGCCACACCAAGGCGAUCACUGCACUGUCCUUCAAGGACGAAAUUGUGGGCAAGUUGUAGUAGCUAGUCGCUAGAAUCUAGCCAAUUUGUAAGCUUUGUGGCCAGCGCGUCACUGUCGGAAGUCCUGCUAAGUUGAUUGUCUCCAGGUGGCCGGCGAUUUUGCGGAUCUUCAGCUGGGUUUUCUUUCUCAAAAGCAGCAAGAACUAUUGAGGAUAACCUUUUAUACUGAUUUAAAUUAGGUGUUGCUGAAUAAUGGUAAUAUACUUCUGUAAAUUGAUUAAAAAGCUAAUUUUAUAUCGAUUUUAAAAAUAAGUGUAUAGGUGAAAUCAAAUUGUAUCUGCUGUUUAAUCUUAUAACAUGCAACAGGUAUCCAUACUUAUAUUUCAACGGCAUUUAGGUAAUGAAAAGACUAGUCUUUCUAUUUUUUGUUUCCGCUCAUAGUAGAGAAAUAUAUGAGAAGCCUUCAUUUAAAUGAA